AUUAAAAACCACUUCAAUAUGAACCGAUUUGCAUUCUACGCCCUGCUGGCUCUGAUGGCUGGAUUGGAUAAAGCACCUGUCCAGGCCGAGGAGUGCAUCGACGCCCAAAAGAACGCUGAAGAAAUCCAAAAAUGCUGCGACAUCCCCAGUCCACUUGAGAUGGAAAAGAUCCAAGCGUGCAAGGAAAAGUACGAGCAGGAACUAUCCCAGGACAUGCCGAAUAUGAUUGUGUGCAUCUUAGAGUGCCAUGCAACUGAGCUCGGGGUAAUCAACGGGGACACCUUAAACGAGGCCGAAUUGCUGAAAAUGGGUGAGCAAAUAGAGGAUCCGGUCAUCAGGGAAUUGGCCAUUCCCAUUAUGAAGGAAUGCGGCGCCUCUAGCUCAGAGAUGGUGAAGCAAUCUCAAGGACACAACUUUAAGUGUCCUCCGUUGGCGUACAUGCUGACCGAGUGCAUCAUGCAAGGAAUCUUCGCCAACUGUCCGGAUAGCCACUGGGCCAAAAACUCUCCCGUUUGCGACCAGAUCAAAGCAGGAGCUAAACCAUGCCAGUAAUGCGGAUGUUGUGGUCUGCUGAGUCUACGUGAUGGCAACGGAAAC